ACAAAACAAAUGCUUAUCUGCUUUUCUAUUUGGUGUUAGGACCAAGUAUAUAUUCAUUAUCUUAGAUUUGGUGGUUGGUGAGCUGAAAUAAAUUAAAAAUAUACCAAUGAACAUUUUUUUGUAAUUGGCCGAUAUGCCGCGAAGAGCCAGUAUGGCGGAAUCUAUCGGAUAUGAUUUUCCUUCAGACAAAAUACCUAUUCCCGGUUAUCAGAAAAGUCCUAUAGUGUUAUUAAAUCGUCUAAAGGUAAAUCAUUUGCUGAAUAAUGUAAGAGUGAAAUACAAUAAAAAUGGAAGUGUUGUAACGUAUUCGACGGACGUGGCCCAGCAUCGUAUUUUACGAAAAAUAUUAUUAGAUUGUACUGUAGAUUUAGUGAAAAUUGAUUCAAUGAAUGUUGAUAGUCUGACAAAAGAAGAUGAAACUCAAAAUGAUGCCAAAAAUUUAUUGGUUAUUGAUACUGUGAAGAACAGGCGGAUUAGACCAAGAAUAUACAAGAACCUUGAAAAGUCUUCUACUCCAAAACAAAGAAAAAAUCAGACAAGAAAAAAUAAGACAAGAAAAAAUAAGACAAGCAAAAAUAAGAGAAAACAACACAAAUGCAGGGAAUGCAAUAAGAUAUUCAAAAAUCUUAAUUGUUUCAAUAUUCAUUGUAGAUUUAAACAUGUAAGCGGAAAUUACCAUUGUGCUCAUUGUUCUAAAAAGUACAAGAGACAAAAAUUCUUCGAAAGGCAUAUUAAGUUGCAUUGCAACAUAUGUCAUAAACUACAGCAAAACGAACAUCAACUUUUUGAACAUACAGCCAUAUGUAGAAAUAGCGAACAAGUUGACAAUCAAACUGUAUUAGCCAAUAAAUAUACAUGCGAACUUUGUACGGAUCAGUUUGAUACAAAUUGUGCCAUAACAUAUCACAAAGCAAUGAUACAUUCGGAUAAUCCCCCAACUAUCAAAGAUUUGUACUACAUACGAUUCUUAGGUUCCACUAAAGUUUAUGUUUGUUAUUUCUGUAAAGAAACUUCAGUUAAUAAAGAUUACCUUGAAUCACAUGUCACUGUUCUUCGGAAUAUGAGUAAAAAAAAUGUAAAUUAUCCAUGCGAUCAAUGUAUGGAUAGCUUUGAUGUGGAGGAUGAUCUCUUACAACACAAGACAUUACAUACAAUCACUGAUUCUAAUAUGGAGGUAGCACAGUAUGAACAUAAGAGAUCUAGUUUAGAUAUAAUAGAUAGUAAUCCUAUGUUACUACAAAUUGAAAAUAUUAAUGAUUUUAAAACAGAAACAGAUAAUGCAGAAACAGAAACAAAUUUAGAA